CACAAAACUUGCAGGGUAACUGACACAACCUGAAACUGCUUGGCCCCCUUUAAAAAGAAAUAAUAAAAUGGGAGAGAAUGAAGCAAGUUUACCUAACACAUCUUUGCAAGGUAAAAAGAUGGCUUAUCAGAAGGUCAGUGCAGAUCAAAGAGCUCCAGGAAACUCACAGUACUUAGACAAUGAUGACCUUCAAGCCACUGCACUUGACCUAGAAUGGGACAUGGAGAAGGAACUGGAGGAGCCUGUUUUUGACCAGUUCCAGGGAGAUGGUGCUGAGAAUCAGAACCUGGGUCAUCCAGAGACUGAAGACCUCAAUCUUGAUUCCAUUCAGCCAGCAACUUCACCCAAAGGAAGGUUCCAGCGACUUCAAGAAGAGUCUGACUAUGUUACCCCUUAUACAAGAUCUGUACCAAAGAGCAACCGCUGCAACUUUUGCCGCCUUUUGAAAGUACUCUUCCCAGCCACCAUUUUAUUUAUUUUUGGUAUUUUGAUAGGCUACUAUGCACAUAAAAAUUGCCCCUCACAUGCUACAUCUUCAGGAACAGGUGAUCCUCAGUUCUAUCAAGAGAUUCUCAAGACAAUACAAGCAGAAGAUAUUAAGAAGUCUUUCAGAAAUUUGCUACAACUGUAUGAAAGUGAAGAUGACAUGGGAAUUUCAAAGAAUCUUAAGACUUACUGGACUUCUCUGGGCCUAGAAGAUGUACAGCUUGUAAAUUACUCUGUGCUGCUUAAUCUGCCAGGCGCUUCUCCCAGCACUGUGACCCUGGGCAGCAGCGGCCAGUGCUUUUAUCCCAAUGGCCAGCCUUGUGGCCAAGAUGCCGGAGAACAUAGCAGCCAAGAUCUGCUCUACUCAUAUGCAGCCUAUUCUGCCACAGGAGCUCUCGAGGCUGAAGUCAUUGAUGUGAGUUAUGGAUCUGUAUAUGAUUUAAAAGCAGUUAAAACAAUGAAAAAGGCAACAAACCAGAUUGCACUCCUGAAAUUAGGAAGAUUACCGCUACUUUAUAAGCUUUCCUUGUUGGAAGAGACUGGAUUUGGAGGUGUUCUUCUUUAUAUUGAUCCUUGUGAUUUACCAAAGACUGCAAAUCUUACACAUGAUGCCUUCAUGGUAUCACUGAACACAGGAGGAGACCCUUCUACACCUGGUUACCCAAGUGUGGAAGGAAGCAUUAGACAAAAGCGAUCAAACCUCACCUCUCUCCUUGUGCAGCCCAUCUCUGCAUCUCUCGUUGCAAAACUGAUCUCUUCUCAGGAGGAUAGAACCAAAAAUGGUGUCUGCCAGCCUCUCAAAAUUAAAAAUAAUGAAAACAUAAUUGUCAACAUGAAAGUUCAGACAAUCUCACAAUUCAAAACAAUUACAAAUGUUUUUGGAUAUUUAAAGGGCUCAACAUCUCCUGAUCGGUAUAUUGUAGUUGGCAGCCACCACCAUUCUGCAUACAGUUAUAAUGGACAAGAAUGGGCCAGUAGCACUGCCAUUAUCACGGCUUUUAUCCAGGCCUUGAUGCUGAGAGUUAAGAGAGGGUGGAGACCAGAACGCACUAUUGUUUUCUGCUCCUGGGGAGGAACUGCUUUUGGCAACAUUGGCUCAUAUGAAUGGGGAGAGAAUUUCAAGAAGGUUCUGCAGAAAAAUGUUGUGGCUUAUGUUAGCCUCCAUAGUCCCAUAAGGGGCAACUCAAGUUUAUAUCCUGUAGCAUCACCAUCUCUUCAGCAACUGGUAGCAGAGAAAAAGAAUUUCAACUGUACCAGAAGAGCACAGUGCGCAGAAAACAAUGUCAGUUCUGUCCAAAUACAAGGUGACGCCGAUUAUUUCAUCAACCAUCUUGGAGUUCCCACCGUGCAGUUUGUUUACGAGGACAUCAACACAUUAGAGGGUCCAAGUUUUCUCUCUGAGGCCUUUUUUCCUAAACAUGCAACAAAAAUUGAAGAACUGGAUCCUCUUUUCAACCUUCAUGAAACCAUUACCAAGCUCUCUGGAGAAGUGAUUUUGCAAAUUGCCAAUGAACCAGUUCUGCCCUUUAAUGCUCUCGAUAUAGCUUUAGAAGUUCAAAACAGCCUUAAAGGUGACCAACACAACACUCCUCAACUGCUAGCUAUGGCCUCACGCCUGCGGGAGAGUGCUGAGCUCUUUCAGUCAGAUGAGAUGCGUCCUGCUAAUGACCCCAAAGAGAGGACUCCCAUCCGUGUCCGAAUGCUGAAUGACGUUCUCCAAGACUUGGAGAAAAGCUUUCUGGUGCCGCAGGUGCUCCCAGGAUUUUAUCGAAACAUCCUAUACCACCUAGAUGAGAAGACAAGGCAAUUUUCUAUACUGAUGGAGGCUUGGGAGCACUGCAGGCUACUUCCAUCAAAUGAGACCCUUCAAGAGGCCCUGUCCGAGGUGUUCAACAGCAUUAAUUCAGCUCAGGUUCACUUCAGAGCAGGGCUUGAUGUGUUCGAGAGUGUCGUGGUUGGAAAGAACUGAGAAAAUUCUCAGCGUUUUAAAAAGUUUGUUUAUGAAUCCACAAGCAAAAGCUCUAAUCAGACCAGAAUUUCCAACAUUGAAGACUUACUCCCCAAUGGCCUUUUCAACAGGUCUAAAGCUAUUAUUACAUUGUAUUUCUUAAUGUACAUAUAAAAAAAGUAUUUUGCACAUUAAUAUUUUUCUUUUA